AGGGGGUGAGGUGAGGGGAAGGAGGAAGACAGUUGGGGAGAAGGGGAGGUGUUUUUGCUGACAGCCAUUUUGUGGCUUCUGCUGCAGUUAAAAUGGUUUAACAUUCAUCUGCUUCUGCGGGGUAGUUAGGUGAGGAUGGUUUUAGUGUUACCUGGCAUAUGGCUCAUCCAGAGGAGCGUGUGCAUGCGGGACUGCACAGAGCGCCUGCAAGGCCAUAAUUGUCGAUUACGGCUGUCCCGCACAUCAUACUUUAUGAUUGUCUUUCUAGCUGCCCUACAGCUGAACACAUGCGUGUGCCAUCCUUCCUAAGCUGGGGAAGGGAAAGGGUUUUAUUCCAUUUUUCAAAUCCAAAUAGAAGUUCUUAGUGGUCACUUAAAAAAACACACUACGCUCUUUGAUGUGGACAGGGUAAAAAGAUGGCUUCGUUCACCGUGCUGUGCUCUGAGACAGAGGACUAAUAGACUUCCAGUUUGAAAACUCGUGCUUGUGCCCAUUGGAUUUGGAAGUAUUCAAAGGCCGGGGCCAUUCCUUUUGAUUUGUCUCCAACCAAAGAUUGGAUCCUUCUAGAAACAUUGGUUUACGUGAUUGCCCCUUUACUAGAGGGGCUGGAAUAAAAGAGAAAAAGAGAAAAAGAGAUAAAUGAAAAAUGAAAAUGGCAGACAGACAACGUUCAUCAUCCCUCUGAGAUACUCAUCUACAGCCAGGGAUGGCAGAGCCUCUACUACACUCUCACAUCAAAGAAAAGGAGAAAAAGAGACUCUUCACCUUGUGCAAUCACACGGGCGUUUGGUGUGCUUGUGGAUGUGUAAAUGUGUGAGCCUGUGUGUGCGCAUCUGUCUGCUAGUGUGUAUGAGCUAUUUUUGAGUCCACCUCAGGCACUGGGCUGCUGGGUAUGCAGCCUUAAAAGGUUGUGUUUCUGCUGCCAUCUCUCUCUCCCUCUCACUCUGUUUCUCACUCACACUCAGACUCUGUCAUCCUCUGUUUUGUCUGUAUCAUUCACCAUCUCUGUUCUGUCCAUCUGCAUUCCAUUAUCGAUGCUUUAUCAUAAUUGUUUUUCAAAGGGCAAGGCAACAUGCUGGAGGAGCGUCUCACUCACAGCCUCUCACAUCCAGCACAGCGGAUGACCUUAUGCUUUUUUUUUGAGAGGGAAGCUGGUUAACGCUGGUAGUUUUGAGAACAUAAUAAAGCUAUUUAUGCAGUGAGUCUGGCCUCUCACAAUCACCCUGCUGUCUGAGGCUAGUCGAGGUGUGUAUGUGUGUGUGCAUCAGUGUGUUUGCGUGUAAGAGAGAGAGAGAGGAGACAGUGAGGCUCAGGCUAGGCGAGGGAGGCCCGAGGAGGGGUCAGACUUACAUAAACUCUCAGCCUGUCUGCCAGUAACAGAGAACUAACACAGCUUUGGGCAGCAAGCAGCAGGGAAGGAGGAGGAAUAUGACCCAGUUAAGUGGUUUACACAGUAAUGGCCCAGAAUGAAGAAUGUACUAAUGCAUGACACCAUUUUGUUGUCACACUGGCUUAUAUUUGUGAGAGGAGUCUUAAGAGCGCCACCCAAAGUAUAGCGGUUUCUUUUGUGUGUGUGUGUGUGUGUGUGUGUGUGUGUUAUGUUGUAGUUGGCAGCUGUCUCUUUUUCCUGUCAUUGUCCUAAGUCGAAUGACAGACAGGUUGGCUUUCACACAUGCCAUGAGAGCGAGUCACCAAGCUGACAUUAGGGACUGGGAGGCUCCUGGAGGUCAUGUGGGCACUGCAUGAUCAAGUUGGGACUGAGCCUGGACUCUCUAUCUGUUGGUUAUCCCUGUAAAACUUUGAAUACUAAAACAUUACUGAGGGACCACAGUGGUGGUUUUUGCAUGUUGCAGUCCAUUAAAUGCAAAUGAUCUACACUGUACAUCACUUCUGACUUUUUCCCGAAGUGCACCAUAUGUUUUUGGACUGAUUUCCCAACUUCCAGGCAGCCAGUGGUUUCUAUUGGUCUUAAUGGGGUAUGAAAAUCAUCUGGUAAUCCAUCAAACUGAACAUUCAGCCUCAUCUACGUGCGCGUCAGUGUUACUGAUUGAUGUAACCCUCGCCGUCCUGUUUAUGCAGCAAGCAGGGGCUGUUUUAUAACUUUUUAGUCGAAGAGUUGAAUCAAGUAGGCUCUGACAUCUGAGAUUUUACUUUUCAAUAUUUGUUGUCUUGACAUCAAACUCAAAAGACAAACAAUGACAGUGUAGAAAGAAAUGUAUUACCAUGUGAAAAUAAUACAGAAUAAGGCAGACUUGAGACUCAAGUUCCUUUUCAUACUGCACUUAAUGAAUGAAAAUCAAUGACUUCCAGGAAAGUUGGAAAUCAAUCUGAAAAAGCAUUUGUAUGUUUUGGAAAAUGACUGGCAGUAUAAAGUUGGCCGUGUAGUAUAAGUGACAUGGAGUUCACAAGCUUAAACAUGCAAAACCACUGUAUGGUGCUUUAGGUCCUUUUCAUUCUUAACCGCCAUGGGGUCACCAGAACCUACAUCAACAACCCUUAUGAGUCAGCUUUGAAACACUGUGGUUUCAGAUUGGCAAACUUUACGGCUAAAGAGAGGGUUUAGUAGAAACAAACCUUUUCAUUUUUAUUUAAUGGAGCAAAUGCAGAAGUUAAAAUGACUGACCAUUGACUUUGACCUCAGGGUUGGACUCUGUUUAUGUGCAGUCUUACACUUAAAUACCGCUGUGGAUUAUGAUUAUUCCAUCACACUGUAAGCACGGGGCAGCAUGGUGGUACAGUAUUUAGUGCUUUUGCCUCACAACGAGAAGGGUCUGGGUUUAAACCUGGGUUUACUCUGGUUCCCUCCCACAUGCAGGUUAGGUUAAUUGGCGACUCCAAAUUGCCCAUGUGUGCCCUGUAAUUGACUGGCGACCUGUCCUGUACCUAACCUCUUGCCCAAUGUCAGCUGGGACCCUCUAAAAGGAUAAGCGGGUCUAGCUGGAUUGAUGGCCUGUAAGCAUGUGCUGUGGGGCCUGUUGGGUAUUAUGACGGGAUCAGCUGUUAGUACAGUAGCGGGGGCUGGUACAAGAGUGCACACUCACACACACAUCUUCUUUCAGAAUGUCAGAGAGUAUAUUAGCAGAUUGUAGGAGGUGGGUAAUUCUCAGUAUAUACUGUAAACCUUUUGUGCUCUCGGGUUUGUAAGCAUUGUAAGUCUGCAGUAAGCUUUUACUUGAGUCAUGUCCGCAGGUAGGGGUCUAGUCUGGGUUCACAUCAGUGUAAAGGGUGUCAGUCUAGGCUCAGUGUGUGAGACAGCAUUCCCCACUUCCAGCUCAGUCAUGCUUCAUGUCAUAUUGACUGAUGGGAUUCCCUGGAGCUGUAGUGAGAAGUGUAGUCCAGUGUUUGUUUUGGUUGCUUUCUGUUUAUACACCUGUGUGUAAGUAAGACUGUGUAAGUACAUCUGUGUGUAUGUGUGUUGAUGCACUGUAAGUAUGUAAUAUAUAUCUGCGCCGGCAUACGCAAUGAUCCGAAAAGGAAAACCUGAAUCCCGUGAGAAAUGGCUACCACAACAUUUUCUCUAGAGAGCAGAAAUAGCAGCAGGGGUGCAUAAGUGUGCUCUGCAACACUGUCCUUUGUAUGUGUAUUAAUGUGCAAGUUUUUCAUGCAUGUGUGUAUCAAUGCCACUGCAUGCGUGUGUAAAACAGUUCAGACUCUGGUUUUUCCAGACCAGCUCGUAAACCACAUCUGGGGAAAGAAUUUAGAUUCCUUCCCUCUGUCUUUCUCUGCUGCCUUCCCUUCUCCCUAUUUGUGACUCCCUCCCUCCUUCCCUGCUCUGGUGAAAAGAAAAGAAAAACAAAAGUCAGCUUCUUUCAUUUUUUUCUGUCUUGUAUCCUCCGGGUAACUUCAGCCUGGUUUAAGAGCAGUGAAGAGGAAUGUCUUAUUUUGCGCUGAUCACUCUAGUGUCUGCCCGACUGUGCUUCAGAUCUGUCGUGGGGGACAGAACGAAAUGGAGGGAGACAAGAUUAGCAAAGAGUGAGUAAAGAAGAGACCAGAGAGAGAGAGGGAGGCAAGUGGUAGUGGGUGUCAAAAAUGAGUUUAUGCAAGGUACAAAAUGCAAAUCAGAGCGCUGCAGCAUGCCCCCACAGCUCUGUGAUGAGCUUGUGUGUUUGUCUACAUACAUAACAGGCAGCUGAUGAUGUUGAUGACAGCAGACAGGCCUGUGCUGAGCUGAGAGGUAGCACUGGAAUGGAAGUUAUAUGUGGAUGACAGGACACUGUUUUAGUCACCCUUCUUUUCCUAAUCGUAUAAUUCACCUGCUCUCUUUGCAGGCUGUCCCUGGCUUCGCUGUGUUCCUGUGGGUCCAACCCACCCCCAGUAGCUGACUGACAACAGCCAACCAGCCCGACAGACAACUGUUCUCUAUCUUCCUAUUGGCUGGCUGCCACAGCUUCCCCCAUCCUGACUGGCACUGGCGGGAGCGUGGAUGGAGCCAAGGGACCUGGUUGGCUCGGCCCGACCCAAAGAGGCGGAGUUACAGGGAGGCAGGGUGGGGCCGAAUGAAGAGGCACAGGAAGGAGCAAGGGCCAUCGGUUUGGCGCGCAGCGAUGAUGUGAUUAACGGUGCCAUAAGUGAAGGGGAGGGGCCAGAGGAACAGGGGGAGGGGCUUCUGGAGGAACAGGAGUUCUCCAUCAAGGAAGCAAGUUUCCAGGAAGGAAGUCUAAAGCUGAAGAUUCAGACCACCAAGCGCACCAAAAAGCCCCCCAAGAACCUUGAGAACUACAUUUGCCCACCUGAAAUCAGGAUGACCAUCAGACCUCCAGCUGGAGAGGGCAAAGGGGGGCGGCAUGGACGAACAGGAGGCGGAGCAGGGCGGGGCCAGAAAGACGAAGAACGAGGACCCCCCAGAAAAAGGACAUACGAGCGCCAGUUCAGAAUGCCUGAGCAGAAAGAGGGAGGCCUGCUGCAACUACUGGGAGAUCACACUCUGCCCAAACACCAGCUUCGCGGCUCCCUCCCUCCUGCACACACACAGCAAACACAUCACACCCUCACACAGCAAUUCCUACACGCUCAUGCACAUCAACACCAAAUCAAUCCAGACUGGAUCACAUCUUCAGCACCUUCUGCAUCCCCGGCCAAUCCUGCAGAUUCUGAGCCAUUCAGAGAACUGGCAAGAGCCAAUAGGAGCUCUUCGCUUGAUCCAACCCAACCUUUCUCACGAACAGCUACACGAAGCCCCUCACCUCAGAGAUCCCUGACUCCAGACCUGCAGUUGCCAGUGGUUACAGAUGCCAGUAUUCUCAACCUGACCUCUCUCAGCAGGGGGAGGGGGUUGCAAGAGGUCAGUGAGCAGCUCUUUGGAAACAUCAAGAGGAAGUACGGCAGGAAGGACUCCCAGAGGACGCUCUGUAAUCCCCACAGUGCUGAUACACCUUGGGGAAGACAGCCAGAGAAAGGAUCGGAGAGCCCAACUAAUUCAGAGGAGAGGCAGAAGUACAGGCAAGAGGAGACAGCCGAGGGGGUCCAUGAAGAUAAAGAGGAAAGGAAAAAAGAGGAGAGAGAGCGAGCGAUCGUUGGGAGGAGAGGAGAUGAAGAAGACAGAGGGAUGCCCAUGCUGACAGAGGAAGGGAAAGGAAGAAAGAGGCGGAGGAGGCCUUCUUUUGACGAGUCAUUUUCUGCAGAGGAGCGAUUACAGCAACGACAGGACUCUGACACUACAGAGAAGCACCAGCCUGGGGCCCCAGAACCCAAAGUAGCACAUAAGAUGGAGACUCACAAAAACGACUCUCGACUCACAAGUCUCGCCGAUGUCAGUAGAGAGCGGAUAGAAAAAGCAGAGAGAACAGAUAAAGGCGAUAAAAGAGAAAAGGGAGAGAGGGUAGACAGGGCAGAAAGAGGAGAGAUAGUUAUAAGCGGGUCUGGCCCAGAGUCAGCUUUGAGUGCAAAUAGAGUGAAAAAGAACCCUGUGGGUCGUCCUAAGAUCAGCACAGACACCCUUAAACACAGAGAGAUGGCUUAUAAUCACAUCAACAAAGCCAAUCUUAACACGAACCCUAGACUCCCUAGCCCAAACCCCAGCCCCAGGGGCAGCAUCAGUCCGAGCCCGAGAGCUAACAUUAGCGCCAGUCUCAGCCCCAAACCCAGGGCGGCCUUGAGUCCCAGCCCCAGCCACAGCACCAGCUCCACAGCCAGUUCCAGAACAACCAAGGCCAAGGACAGAUGGUCCUACCUGAAAGCUAAAAGCCAUGCCAGCCUCACAUCACCCCAGAGAGACAACCGGGGAAGCCCCUCGACCUUAGCUGACCCACCUUCAGCCUUCCCCAUCACCCCCUCUAGCCCCCUCUACACCAACACUGACAGCCUGACCGUCCACGCACCUAUUAAGAGGAAACGAGGACGACCCAAGAAACAGCCACUCCUAACAGUGGAGACCAUCCAUGAGGGCACCUCCACCUCACCUCCAAGCCCACUGGCACAGGAAACCUUUGCAGGGCUAAACCGUAGGAGGAAGACACACACACUAAACACAUUAGUGCAAAUGGCCUCCACGACCACCAGCGCCAAUUCUAAUAGUCUGAAACUAAAGCGUGGUAGGGGCCCUUACAGACCAGUCAAUAAGAUGAAGCUUGGGAAAAUGCAAAGCAUCCUGAAUGAGAUCCUUUCAGGUUCCAGUCAGAACGGCACUCUGGCUCUGAAAUCAUCUUCUGCCCCUGUUACCUCAGCUAUGAGUGCCAUGGCUUCCACUAUUGAGGCUCGGCUGGGAAAACAGAUAAAUGUCAGCAAGAGAGGAACCAUCUACAUUGGUAAGAAGAGAGGGCGGAAACCCAGAGCAGAAACCCAAGGCUCCAAUCCUCCCAAAACCACUCGGGACAAGCCCCCCCUGUCUGUCUCUAUAUCCAGUCUCUAUGAGAGCCCUGUAGUGCCUUCGGCCACCCUGUCUCCCAGCUCCAGUGCUCCAUCCUUAAGAACAGGCCACUCUGAUGCCACUAUGCCCAGUUUACAGCCCAUCUCAGCCCUGCCCUCCAAACCACCAGGCAGGAGCUUCCUCUCUGGCGGAUGGAAACUGUCUCCUCCACGCCUUCUGGCUAAUUCACCUUCCCACCUGUCAGAGGGGGCAUCAGUGAAGGAGGUGACCCUGUCCCCCAUCAGCGAGUCCCACAGUGAGGAGACUAUUCCAAGUGACAGUGGGAUUGGGACAGACAACAACAGCACCUCAGAUCAAACUGAGAAGGGCUCCGCCUCUCGACGCAGGUACUCGUUUGAUCUGUGUGGGUUUGAGGCUGCGGAGGCAGCAGCCCUGGAAGCAUCCAACAGAGGGAGCAGAGCACGCUGUGAACGGCAAGUAACUGCUGGUGACAACUUCCUGUCACAACAGGAAAAGAAGCAAAAACAUCAUCGACGGAAGAGGAAGUGCCUACAGAGUCGGGAUCAUCUUCACUUUCUCUCUGAACUGGAGGAGGUUGUGGUAAAGCUCCAGCAGCUCCGAGUGUCUCACAGACGAUACACCUGCUUCCCCCAGCAGCCAUAUCCCUCCAUUUUCCGCCUCAACUUCCAUCAUUACUAUCCUGUUACCUACGACUCCUACUCCUGUGACUCCAGCUCGUACCUCCGCAGGAGCGCCGAUCUGAAGGCUAAGAGGAGACGCGGCCGUCCAGCCAAAGCCAGCGAGCAAAUCACAUCGAAGCUGCCUUUCGUUCAAGGAUAUGGUUAUCCACUGGCAGGGGGAAAUUACUAUGCAGCACCGUAUGCGAUGCCUUACGCACCUCCUCUGAGUCUGGGCUACUUUCCCCCUGCUCCCCCAUUUUACCUGCCCCACCACUCGCUAGGACCUGCACCCCCUUCUCCCUUCAUGAGGCCUGCUGUCCCCCCUCCUAAGGCUUUCCACUCCAGUGGACACUCACAACUCCAACCAGGGGCCAAGCUUCGCAGCACCAGUGGCCCACUCCAGGGGCCCUCUGUAAGAGGAGAGGGCCUGGGAUCCCUGGGCAGUGGCAGUGCAGGUGGUAUUGCUGGGGUUCGCCUCCAUAAGAGGAAGCACAAGCACAAACAUAAGCACAAGGACGAACCCCUUCUUUCACUGCGAGAUCGGCAGGAGUUGGGUGGGCUCUUCAGCGGAGCAAAGACCAGUGCACGCCUUAGCAUGCUGAGUGACAGGAGGGACUUGGUCAGUCAGGGCCCUUCAAAGCAUCUGGAGAAGCAGAGGGGCAGCGGUAGAGGCUCGAGCCUGGGAUCCAGCUUAGGGAUGUUUGAGUCGGAGCAGCUGUCCACACACUCUCUCGCUGACAGCCAGUUCCACUCCCGUCAGACUCGACAGCCAAUAAAUAGCUUCAUGAGCAGCUACAGUAGCCAAACCCAGCGGUCAGAGUCAGCUUCUGACCUUUUUUUGGGUUCACGGGAGGACGAGUGUGGAGGGCGGAGCCGGAAGACGAGGCUCGCUGUGUUUGGAGAUCAGGGCUUAAUGUCAUUCCAAACUGCCAGGCAGGAGCCAGGACGGAUGAACAACUGCUCUGGUCCCUCCCACAGUGAUGUUCCCAGUAAACGGAGGUAUAAGCGGCGCGAGGUGGAACAGAUCCAGAAGGACGUGAGGAGGAUGCAUUCUUUGAACUUUGAGCAUGUGCAGAAGAUCCUCCGUGCCAAGCGCCUGCAGCGACAAGCCAAAACAGGAAACAAUGUCGUCAAAAGACGGCCUGGGCGGCCCCGAAAACAACCCAUAGAAGAAUCCGAGCCGACUAAUAGGAGUGUGGAUAAUCGGGCUGAUGGUCGGGGUUUGGACAUGCUGGCCGGUAGGAGAGGGGAUGGGAGAACUCAGGGGAUGCCUGUCCUGGAGAGGUGUGAUGACCUGCCAGGUAGGCAGAGCCUCAGGUCAAGCUUGACCCCCGAGCCACUGGAGUUCUCAAAUCACGAUUCCAUCUCAGCGACAAUUGAGACUGUGGUGCAUCAAGCGCGAUCUGUGCCUCCACUGGCCAAAGGGGGGAAACGCAGAGGCAGGGGCCACAGCAGGGACGAGUUAUGGGCUCCUUCCAGUCAGUAGACCUGCAGGAGAGAGCAACUCUGUAACCAAACAGAGAGCAGUCGUUGGAGUCAGAUGCAGUGCCCUUCAUUCUGGGACUCCUUGGUGCACUUUGACUUUCUCCUGUCUGAUUUGUGAGGACUACAGAGGGUCACAGGAGGAGGGAACAUCCCUCUGCUUGCUAAACCCAACCAGACAUGAGCCUUUCAAGCAUUCAUUGGACCUUCAUUUGCAAUGGCACUAUAUGGUACUGUUUGAUACUGAAUCUGAUGCUAUAAAAGUGUGUGGUACUUAUGAUAGUGUAGGAUAUUAUGUGAUUCUUUAUGUAUCUGAUACAGUGAUGUGUAUGGUACUUUAUGAUACUGUAUCUGAAUGUGGCUUUAGCCAUAUAUUUACCAGCAAAGGGGAGGGGGAAUGGUUAAUAUUAAACUGUGCAGCUCUGCUUAUUUUUGCCUUUCUGUGGACGCUUGUCAAAGACGUGGGAUAAAACAGCAGUAAUUAAGCCACCUUACCCCUUUACUUACCCCUGUGUAUUGCUCACACCCUUAUCUGUACCUUCCUUGUUUUCUUACUCUCUCUGAGGAGUAACUGAUACUUGCUGGCACUCUCCACGCCCGUCACUCUCCCCAAUUCUUUAGCUCUCCCUGGUCCCUGCCGCUCAACUUCAUCUGCCUUUAUCCUCUCAUCUACUCCCAAAAUCCUAAUUUUCAUUUUCCCAUUGCUUGUGCUCCUUCAACCUACCCCGUGUCUCAUUUAAUUCUCCCUCCCUGCUCAGGCCUGUCCUGAACAGUGACAUAUAGGCAAUAUGGUGGAUGAGACUGUCCCAGACUGUACAUAGAAACAAAGUCCACUGUUGCCUGCCUUGUACAAUGAGAAACCAGCUCAUAGACAUGUAUACAUGACAUACAGUAUAUCAAAUAGAAUUGUUGUACCAUAGACAAUGAAAGUUGUGUAUUGUUUUAUAACCAAAAGCAGACAUGGGUGCGACUCAAGACAAGUUUGUUUUCAGACAGAAAGAACCACAUAUAUUCAUUCAUACACUCAUUUAUGUGUUUAUAUCCAGGGGGCAUUGCAUACAGGAAAAAUAUCAGGUGUGUUUUUGGUAAACCUUAAAAUUGGUUUAUUGCACUAUGAAAAACCAUACACUUGCAUCAAUCAAAUGCAGCACUUACAUGCUUGUUCCAGCCUUAUGUUUUGGCCUUCAAUGGUGUGGAUAUCCAUUCCAGAGAGCACGCAUUAUUUUAAUCAAUUUGUAUAUGCAGGCUGCGCAGCCAAAAGCGUCAAACCGAAGCCCGAGUCUGAAGUGUGAUUGGACAGUUCAGCUGAAGAGGGCUCACAGUCAGUGUUUUCGAAAAGCUAAUCCCAGUCUUUCUACCUGAUUUGUUUGAACAUGAUUUUCAAUCCAUAUCCUUGGAAAUAUUUUUUUGAAAGUAAAUCCAGUAUUUAGAUUUAGAAACCAAAGUCUCAGUAUUCAGUGUGAGGAUGUAUUAUUUAAAGAAUCUAAAUCAGAGUUUGACAAACUCUCCACCAUGUUGGCACCAAUGUAACGCAUCCCUGUGUGCACUCUAGAAUGUAGCCAUCUUGAAUCUUUGUGUCAAUAUGUCAAGCCUUUGUUAAACUCUAUCUACAGUAUCUGUGGCUUUGGGUAGUGGUUGGUAUUUUCUCAAAUAAGUAUUUCAAAAUAUAAGCAAUGGAUCAGUGUUUCUUUAGCAACUUUGUUAAAGUUUUGUUUCAGGAGAUUCCGUUUUCUUUGGGUUGGGUGGGAUUCUCAGCUGCAGCGGUUCAACUUGUGCCUUAUGUUUCUUUCUCUCACCAGUUACAUUUGACCUGAGAAAUAUCAAGUGGCAAAGAGUGCCCCCGAAAUUGACCCAAAAUAUUCAUGAUUGUGUACAUGACGUGUCUUAGUCAUCAGAACCCUGACACUGCCUGUGUCCAUUCAAAGCUUCCGUAGUCAGCAUCCUCUGUCACCAGCUUCCUCCUAGUCUUUUUGACCCACAUCAUCAUAACAGAGCUAGAAGGGCAGGACAGAUCAAUAUAAUAUGAUAUUACUGUGUUGAAUACACGCCAUGUACUGGCCUACAUUCUGCUUUGCAGCAGUGAUGGAAACAGAAAGGUCCACUGUAUCAGACGUGUUUCUAUCCAGAGGUAUUGAUUGUACUGAAUGUCCCAGAUACAAUUGAAGAUCGUUUGCUCUGCCCAGUAUGUAACCUGUUAUUUGAACCAGAUGACUGGUUAUGUACUUGGCAAAGGAGGAACAGAGGAGGUUGUCAUGGAAACCCCGUUCUCCUACAUUGUUUGCUAUGCAUCAGGCCACAUCUGGCAAUGACCUGAAAAGGAAUUUCUGUUCUGGGUCCACCCUUCGACAAAGAGAAACAAGUGGUCUUAUUUACUGAAUAAAAUGAAUUCAUAUAACAAGAGUUGUGAAUAAUACCAGUAAUAAUUUGUAAUAAGUUGUGCAGAAAGUGACUAUCAUUUCAUGAAAACUAUAGUGACUGCAGCUCUAUGCAGUACAGCCUUAACCAGAUGUAAAACUACAGUAUUGGAAGUGUUUGUUGUAAAUAGUGUUAGUAUGUCCAUCCUGCAUGGAUACCGGUUGGGCUCGGCUAUGCUGGGACUGUCUCCUAAAACCACAGUAGACACUCUCUCUCUCUCUCUCUCUCUCUCUCUCUCUCUCUCUCUCUCUCUCUCUCUCUCUAUUAAGACUGCUCAAGACCCAAGGAAACAUACAGAAAUUACUUCCCUAAUUGAUUUUCCUAUUUGACAAAUUCUGCUGUACAUCGACAGUCAUCGUUCCGGUCCGUUAAAUUACACAGAAUGCUAAAAUAGUUUGCCUUAUCACACCUUCAAAAACUCGAAGAGGAUAAAAGCCUCACUGUAGUGUACUCGACCAAAAAUAGGAAUCCCCGCUGAAAUGCAGCUAUUUUGCCUGCAGCCAGUUGGGGCAGUGCAGUAGCAUGAAGAGUAAGCAAGAAGGUUGCGUGUGGGAGUUGUCAGAGGAAAUAGCCAAAAAUACACUCAUCCUGAACCUUGCUUUGCUUGAUGACUUUCGGUGGGUCUGCAGUCUGUUGUGGUGAAGAUGAGGUCUAGAUGUGUGGUCCGUGAGGUGUAGAGACUACACGCUUGGCAGCUUACUCCAUACUGUGGUCAGUCAGUGGUUUCUGAUGUAAGAGUUAAAGACCCCAGGUGUUGUCUGUCCUGUCUGUCUCUUCUACCAGCCGAUGCUCCGGUGCCUUCUAACACUGACAAGUAUUGUCCUAAUCCAGAGCUUUCACUCGUCACAGAGACUGCAGAGGGGAUGUGGCUGUGAAUAGGGUUCAAGGUCACUGUUGUUUGCUACUUAGCAGCCAGAACCAGUCUGGUCUGGACCAGUGGCUACAGGAGGCCCCUAAGCACUGAUGUAAGGAUCCUUUACGAUAUCUUUGGUCCUAGUAUCAAGGGCAGCGCAGCAGCGUUUGACCUUAAAUCAGUGGUUGGGGUGUAUUUACCGAAGUCACUACAACAACUAGAAUGGGAUAUACUGGCGCCUAAAUUUUGAUCACCCCCCCCCCCCCCCAUUCCCUUUGUAGCAUGCUGUGAUGAGUGUCCUACACAUGGAGUGAGGGGGUCACGUGAGACAGAGCCUCAUAAAUGUACAUGUAGUCAUCCUCACAGCAUACGUUACAGUUCUAAGCUACAGUGUUGUUCAAAGCUGAAAGUGCAGAUGAAGCAUUGAGAAAACCAAUAAAUGUACUUCUUUAGAGCACAACGUGAGCUCUUCUAACAGUGUGGGCAUAUUUUAGUUUGUAUACAUAGUGUAUUUGAACCUUUUUCUAGAGUGGGUUUCCUUUAUUUGCAUGCUCAACUUGAUUGUAUGCAUAAAUAUUUUAGACAAGCCGAAAGUUGAAUUUUAAUUGAAUUUGGAGCAAGACUUGUACAUUGUUUGAUAUGUUUCUUUUUGUAAUGAAUUUUUUAAUUCAUGAAGCAAUUUUGUACAUUGUAUGAAUAUUAAAAACUGCAAAUAUUUGACAUAUAGAGUAAAUACUAGAUGCGCAUGUAUAUGCAUAUAUCCUUCACAGUAUGUAUGUGUAAAUGUACACAUAUAUUUUGUAUUUGCAUUUGCUGGCAUACAGAUAUAUGUCUUAAGCACAUAUAUACAUGCAAUAUAUGUGUAUAUCCAUGUCCGCUGGCAUGCUUUUGGUCAUGUUUAUCUUUCAUGAUCUUGUAGGUUCAUAUUUUGUUUUGUUUUUAUUUCUCUUUCCUCAGAAAGAAAAGCUCAUUCUUUUGCUACCCUUCUAUUGGCUGGCAGUGUUGAGCACUUAUUAAGACGAACUACAGUUGAAGUUGUUCAUGUUAUCCAUUGUGUGAAAUAAUAAAUGACUUUAUUGACAGCU